AUGUACGCUGAUGCCAAGCGUCCUGUCAAGUCUGUUUCUACUUCUGGUACUACACUUGAUCAAGCUGCUGUAUCUGCUUCUGGCUCAGGCUCUUUUACUACAACUGUAUCUAUUCCUACCGCUCCCUCUGGCACUUCUGACGCUGUUACUGCCUCCAAUGCUAGUUUUGAUCUUGAUAGUGCUGAUAUGCCUAUUGACAAACUGCUCCCUCUUUCUGAACUGAUAGAUGAAGAAAACGACCAAGAAGAAGAGGAAGGCACCCGUGAUCUGCCUAGAAGACGAAUUAUGGUUCUCAAAGCUACCCUGAGAAAUCUCUUGGUGAGGCAAGUUGGAAAGUCUAUUACCCAUACACAGCUCAAGAAGGAACGUCCCGAUAUCACGGAAGAAGAGAAUCGCGUGUGCAUGCUUCUGGGAAAAUUAUUGCUGCCUUAUUUACCUACUAGAGAUCAUUAUAGCUACAUUGGCUUCCAGUUGCCAUUCUUAUUGUUGGCCAAUGAUAUCUUUUGCUCUGUUGGCUACCACAAGUUUGCCGUGGAUCUGUGUCCAACUUCUUCCUGUGGUUCAUUACAUGCAAUGCGUGUGGACGCGGCCUCUCUGUAUGCCUUAUGUACCAGAGAAAACGUUGGAAUAGCAAUACAAUACAAGGAUGCCGUGUUUAAUUCUUUUUUCGACAUUCGUGCCAUCACGCAAGCAUGCAAGUCCUUUGGUCUGACAUUUGUUCACAACCUUACCAUUCUGCCUGGUCUUACCUCUGUCCGUAUUUUGGGUACCAAACCAAGUUCUAACAAGUCAGUUUCCAAUGCGAAGAAACCUCUAGAUAUUGAUUGGGAUACCGUGAGAGAGCUUCAAACCAGAACUAAUCAAACACUGAAGAAAGACACUGGCCAACUGGAAAUCGAUAACAAGACUGUGUUUGAUGAGCUGAAGGCUGCAAACAAGGACCACAAGAAGGAGCAGUAUUCUACAAGGAUCAAGGACUCGAAGAAGCAAUGGCACACUGAUCGUAGCAAACACCAAGAAAUCAAAGAGCCGAAGGCUCAAAGAUACCAGUUGUUCAUCGCCAUCAAACAGACCAAGCAACAGCUGUCCAACAUGAGAACUCGUGCCUUUUUGACAAGGAAAGCCAUUGAAUAUAGAAACAAAGACAUCCCUCUUGUAUCAAAUUACGAGCCUCCUCCUUCUGACCAACAUCUCGAUUCAAUGGUGUUUUCGGGUACUGAUAACGGGCUGGCUGUAAUGACAGAAGCUAUUGGCAUGAAUCUGAACAAAUACAAAUAUCACUUGUCACUGCAUAAUAAAUUCUCUCCUCUCACCUGCAUGUACUGCUUUGGGCCCACCUCUCAUCCCACACAAACCACCAAAGCAAAAGAUGGUAAGACCAAGACAAGGUCCAUUCAUGAUGCAUUCCUGUGCUUGAAUCCUGCCUGUGCGUCCGUUCUCAAUCACAGAGCCAUUCAAGGUAGAGACAAGACAUCUGCUUUGGCCAUUGCUGUCUCUGGGCUUUCCAUUCUCUUGUUCAAGCAGCCAUUGCCUGUAUUCAAUCCAAAACCUAGUCAAUCCAACACUGGCAUUAUUUCCAAGACCACCUCUUUCUGCAACAGAAACGAGAAAAGGGACGGCAGCGGUGCUGCAUUAGCGGACGCUUGA